GUGUGGUAUGUUAUAAGUCAUGUAUCUAUUUUGUAGUAUAAUCUAUAGAGAAUCGAAUCGAAUAUCACGUUUGUAUUAAUCUAAAUGGUAUAGUACUCUUCUAGCUUACGUUGUGUUGUGCCUCUUUUUACAUUAGUCUGACUCUUUUUUGUAGCAGUAGAAUAAUAUUUAUUAUCAACUUAAUAGUGUUACCUGAUUAAUCCAUCUAAAUUCAAAUUAAUUGGAGCCAAGAUUGUUGUAUUUUGAUCUGAAGAAGUUAUCAAAUUCAACAAUAUAUUCAGAGAGUUACUUCCUCCGUUGGCUCAUGUGUUUAAACUGGUUGUCAUUAUAUGAAAUUACGUGAUAUUUUAGACAAGGAAAGGCUUAGUCAUUUUACUGAAUAGUAAUAACAACAUAUUGAGAAGCAUGUAUUUUUCUGCUUUGUGUUGCUUCAAUACUGGAUUCUUUUAAUGAAUCUACCUUUGUUUCUUUGCUGCUAAAAUGAGCUAAAGAAGCAAGCUUAUUAAUAGAAUCAGCAAUUUGUUCGACACAAAUGACGAUAUCGGUUAGUAUUGAUGCAACUGCAGCCACUGGUAUGACUUCUAGUAAGUUAAUAUCUUCCCAGAAACCUGAUAUGACAAGUGAUUUCAGGUUCUUGACUGCUGUUUUGGCGUUUGAGACAUGUUUAUUAGCCGACAAGAGAGAAGUCAUUGUUUUUAUUGAACGUGCUAGUUCUUUUAGUUCUUUCCCAGAUUCUAUGCUCAUUUUUGUUAUUGUUUCCUUGAUCAUUCCCUUGAUCUCUUCAGGUGCCUGCAAUGGAGUUUGGUAGCUUAUGUUAGUUAAAAUAUAAGAGUUUAACUUAGCUUCUAUGCGUUGAUACGUUACACUAUCACUUGACAAAGCAAGGGAUCUAAUUUAUGAAAUCUGACAAACUUGUAAAAUUAAAAUACUAACUGAGUUUUAAAUGCAACUGCUCCUUUGAUGGAAUUUAUGGGAUAGAUUGAGAUUCACUUUCAAUAUGCUGCUAUACAAAGCUUCAGUAGUCUCAUUUCGAACUACAUCGAGAUGGAGAACUAGAUCCUCUUGAUGUAUAGCCAAAAUUGUGAAUUUGGACCUCUUAAUCAUUCAUCUGCUUCUCAAUGCGACAUGUUACUUACUCAUACGUUUUUCACAUCAGUUGGUCGGAUAAAUGGUUUUUGCUUGAAUUUUUUGUAACUUAGCUUCUGCUUGUUUGAAUUUUCAGAGACUAUACUGCUCAAGUUAUGUUGGAGCAUCCCAUUGCAGGCCAAGAAAAGGAGCAAUUGGAAAUAUGCCUCGAGGUAGAGGUCGAGGUAGCGCAGGCCGUGUAGGUAAAUCUUCAGUUAGGGGUAAUUUUGCUACUCGUGAAAAUAUGCAUACUUUUCUCAUUCAUACAAUCAAUCCUCAACAAAGUGGUACGAGUUCCUCAGGUGGACCGGAUCACAUCAAUUAAGUUCAAACAUUAGGUCCUAGUAGUAUGCCACCUAUUCAAACAUCAGGCCAUGGUAGUACCCUAACUAUUAAUUUGGAACCAUCUCCAAAUACCCCUAAUCAGAGCAACACAAUAGGCGAGGGUACAUCUUCUCAAAGCAACAUAAUAGGCGAAACUGAGUGUAGCAAUACCCGCCGGCCGCGAACACUUAUUACUAUUUCUCCUACAGGGUUAGAGCCUUUAUAUGAAUGCUCUGAGUUUAUAACUAAGUCUUUGAAGAAUGAACUUGAUCCUAAUGGAUUCAACUGGAAAAACAUCUCAAAUGAGUUAAAAAAAUUUUAUUUUGGAGAAUUCAAGAAGGCUUUCUACUGGGAUUCUUCAAUUGAUAGUGCGGUGCAGACCCAAUGGGAGCGUAGGGCAGCAAAAAGAUACAGUGAUUUUGUUAGCAAACUAAAAGCAAAUAUGGUGCAACCAGACACUAUUCCAAAUAAUGUGUGGGAAAGUUGGUUGAGACUUCGGAAAGAUCCUAAGUGUGUUGAAAAGUCAGAAAUAAACGCAAAAACUUUUUGUGGUGGGAGCAAAAUUGCUACUGGGACUCAUACAUAUGGCUUUAUCAGUGUUGGGGAGCAUCCCAAGAGACUUAUAAGUGUAUUUAUAACUUUUUCCUCUCAUUGAUAGUAGAAUUAGCAAUCUGCCAUGCCCCUUUGAGAAUAGAGGCUUCUCCAACUAGCACUCUUCUUUGUCUCAAAUAGGUUAUUACUACUUGUUUUAAGUACGUCAAAAUAAACCAAAUGAUACCUUGGAAGUGGGAUAUGCAAUUCAUUGACUGUCCAUUUC